AUGGUGAUGUGUUGGUGUGAUAAUCACUGGCAGCAGAAAUAGAUUCUAGGGUGCUGGUAGAACAUCACACCCUGCUGCUCUAGGUGUGACGAUCAGGUUCAGCCCACAGUGAGAGGCACACACACACACACACGCACGCAAGCAUUCACGCACACACAAACACGCACAAACCUACAAUAAUGUGAGGGUUGCGUAAGUGUCGGAAGUCAGAUCUGUUUAAUGAAGUGUGAUGUGUGUCUAAUUGGAGCAUUGUGACUCAGCCUGCUCUCUGGGAUUAUAUCACUUCUAUGACAUCAUGCCUUUAGACAGUUUGAUUUGAAAGUACAACUUUACUAUUUACUAAAUCUCUAUGGCCCUGAAGUUUUGUUAUUCAUAGUGUAUUAAAUAUUCUGUACAUUAUUUCACGUACAUGGUGAACGAGCGCAUAUACACACCGAACACACACACACACACACGCAAAAACACACUCACAUACCAGGGUUUCCGUUAGGGAAAUGUGGCGCUGGACAUUUGCCGGCAGCAUUUUAAUUUAUCUGACAUUUGAGAAAUUUACCCGAUCCAUAUGCAUUGGGUGCGUAACCUGAUUAGGGCAUCCAGCAACGGUGCUCAGAAUGACAGAAAUCACAUUUAGAUUAUGGUCAUUCAUAUUAACACAACAUGCAAGUCGAGGAUGUAACGAUGUGACAACAAGACGUGUAAUGAACAGCAAAAUCAUUAGCCUAUGUCAAUCUACUAUCCCCCAUAGUAGAAAAGCUUACCUAUUUUAUUGGUCAGCUUGUCAAAAAAGAAAUAGGAUAUUCCAAACAGACUCUGGGACAGUAGAUUCAUACAACCGGUAGGCCUACGCUACAUCCAAAAAAACGUUAAAAAGCAUUGAGGCAGAUGCAUCAGAUCAGCACGUUUAGCUUAGAAUCUUGAUAAACUAUUAUUUCUUAACAUUAAAAGCGCAGCAAUGCUCACAAGGCAGUAGGCUAGGCUGCGUGCGAAUUUUCAUUCAAUUAGUGUGAAAACAGUGUCAAAAGCGCACCGCAUGCCAACGGUUUCAUGUGACAGAGAUGAAAAUAUCCGUUAGAAAUUCAGAAAGAGGUUAGAUCUAAUAUGCAACAACUAGCAUGGGUUGCUAAUAUGACUAGGAUUAUGCCUUUGUCUACUAGACAACGAAAUAAAGUUGAUACAGUAUAAAAUAAUUGCCUCCACGGUCUGAUUUUGGCUAGGAAAUUAAGUAUGUUUUGAAAAUGAAUACUGCAUCCAGCUCAUUGCAAAGUGGUGUGUGACGCGCUGAUAUGACGCCUGCUUUCAGUUGUCUAUGCAUUUGCUGUUUGAGAUGCAGACAGAUUUUCCGCUCAAAGGCUCUGUAUCUGUAUGCUGUACGUGUGUGAUAAAUAAGAUAUACAACGAAUAUACUGUACACAAGUGGCAAUUUAAUAACACUAAAUUAUGCAAAUUAACAUGGAGCCAAUUUAAUUCCACUAAAUUAUGCAAAUUAACAUGGAGCCAAUUUAAUUCCACUAAAUUAUGUCAAUUAACCUAUAAGCAGAUAAGCAGGACCAGUCAAAUGUAUUUCCAUCAACUUAUCUCCAUUAAUGAAUAGGCUAAAAAGCAUUAUUUCGAAAUGGGCGCCAAUUUUAUUAAUGGGCUUUAAAAAAAUAAUGCCAAAAGCCAGCUAUUAGGCCUACUGGCUAACUGAAACCCUGACACACACGCACACACAGACACAGGGGCUGUGUGACCUGGUGGGCUGACUGGGCUUCUUUUCUGAGGUGUAUGGGGUUUUAGUGGAGAGUUGCAGCAUGCAUAAUGAGGUUUGGGCCUACACUCCUGGGUGAUGAGUUUAGCAUACACAGCUGAGACAGAAUGAGACAUCGCUCUCUCCUCUCUCUCUCUCUCUCUCUCUCUCUCUCUCUCUCUCCUUUCUUUCCACUCUCUCUCUCUCCUCUCUCUGCUCUCUCUCAUUUCUCUCUCCCCUCUCUCUCCCCUAUCUCCUCUCUCCCCCUCUCUCUCCCCUCUCUCUCCUCUCUCUCUCCUCUCUCUCUCCCCUCUCUCUCCUCUCUCUCCUUUCUCUCCCCUCUCCUCUCUCCCUCCUCUCUCCCCUCCGCUCCCCUCUCCCCAUCUCUCCCCCCUCCUCCUCUCUCUCUCUCCUCUCUCUCCUCUCUCUCCUCUCUCUCCUCUCUCGCUCCGCCCCUCUGUCUCCUUUCCUCUCUCCCCCCUCUCUCCUUUCCUCUCUCCCCCCGUCCUUCCUUUGCCCUCGCUUUCCCCUCUCCCCUCUAUCCUUUCUCUCUCCUUUCUCUCUCUCCUCUCUCUCCUCUCGCUCUCCUCUCUCGUUUCAUUCCCUUCCUCCCUCCUGUCUUUCAUCUUGUCAUGCAUGUCGCUCAGCAGUGUUGUUAAAUAUUCAAAACAGAGUGUGUGUGUGCGUGUGUCCAUGUGUGUGUGUGUUGGCAUGCGUGUGUGCAUGUGUGUGCGUGUGUUGUGGUGUGAAAGCAGUGAGUUCCCUGUUUUUACCAAUUUGACUUCAGAUUCUGAUGUUUCUCCAUGUUUCUCCAAACAUCACAUUUCGAAGUUGCUCCAAACGUCGAAUUUCGAAGUGUUUUUGACACCAUGGGUUGCUCUUCCUGCUAAUUCCGAAUGGUUAAGUUAAGGGUUAAGGUUUGGGAAAAAAUAUAUAAAAAUGAGUGUGCUGGAUUGAACACACGACCUUCGGAUUCGGAGUCAUGGGACUACGCCCGUCCGACACCCUCAUCCACAACGCCCUAGCAAAACCCAAGCCUACUUGAUGGUAAUAGCAAAAACGCCGGCCUGGUCUACUUGGUCUGUUUUGCAAGCAUACCCGGAAGUCUCGCGAUGUUGCACAUCUGGGUUUAGAAACUCUGGUAAUAGCGCUCACUGUUGCUCCUAGUGGCCGGUUUUUAAUGCAUUUCCCGACGUCCAAUUUCGAAGUCAAUCUUGAGCGAUCUGGCUGGUGAGAGAGGGUCUAAUGGCAUUGUUCCACUCUGUUAAUCAGAGGUCUGGCUGUGAUGUCCAUUCAGUCGUGAAAGUGCUUACACGUCAGGAACCAUCAGCCAAUGAGGUCACAGGGGAUUGGGCCAGUGGGGCGGAGCAGUAGACAAUGUUAUGUGUGUAUCUGCGCCUUGGAUACACUCUAGAACUCUAGGAUUUUUUUCUAAACGUUAACGAUCCCAAUUUUGUUUAAACGUUCACGCCUCUGUUAGAAACAUAUUCCUGCUGUUCACAAUGUCCCGACUGCUGGCUCUUUGUUCUCUCUCUGCUGGCUCUGUGGGAACCGGAAGUCUCACUCUGCCACCUCUCAUAUUCACUUAUUCCCUCUCCACUCUCUCCCUCGCUCCAUUCCUCCCCUACACAAUCACUCGCUUCUCUACUGCCACAGCAGCAUGCCUUACAGAGCAGAGACGUCAUUUCUUUCUUUCUCUCGCUCUCCAGCUCGAACCCAGUGUGUAUUAAAACUGUCAGAAACACAGCCAGGGGUCAGCUUCCAUUAGUCUGAAAAGGUCACAAGGCUCAUGUUUUUCCAUAUCUAAAUCAAAUAAAAUCAAAUUUUAUUUGUCACAUACACGUGUUUAGCAGAUGUUAUUGCGGGUGUAGUGAAAUGCUUGUGCUUCUAGCUCCGACAGUGCAGUAAUAUCUAACAAGUAAUAUCUAACAAUUUCACAACAUAUACCCAACACACACGAAUUUAAGAAUAUAUACAUAUAUGGACAAGCAAUGACAGAGCGGCAUGGACUAAGAUACAGUAGAAUAUUAUAGAAUACAGUAUAUACAUAUGAGAUGGGUAAUGCAAUAUAUGUAAACAUUAUUAAAGUGACCAGUGUUCCAUUUCUUAAAGUGGCCAGUGAUUUCAAUAGGCAGCAGCAGCCUCUAAUGUGCUAGUGAUGGCUAUUUAACAGUCUGAUGGCCUUGAGAUAGAAGCUGUUUUUCAUUCUCUCGGUCCCAGCUUUGAUGCACCUGUACUGACCUCGCCUUCUGGAUGAUAGCGGGGUGAACAGGCAGUGGCUCGGGUGGUUGAUGUCCUUGAUGAUCUUUUUGGCCUUCCUGUGACAUCGGGUGCUGUAGGUAUCUUGGAGGGCGGGUAGUUUGCCCCCCGGUAAUGCGUUCGGCAGACCGCGCCACCCUCUGGACAGCCUAUACUGGAUCAUGUGGUACUACUGAUCAUGGUAGAGGGUGAAAGGGUUUAGUUUACUCACUACCGAGACAGACAGACAGACAGACAGACAGACAGACAGACAGACAGACAGACAGACAGACAGACAGACAGACAGAGAGCCAUACUGACUGUAUCCUUGGAUUAAUUGGGUUUAGGGCCAUUGAUGAUGUAACUUUUACCUUAUAUGUAAAUGGUUUAAUUUUAGAGUUGGAUUGGCCUCCUCCUCUCUCUGUGCUGUGUGCUCUUUGUACGCACUUACCUCCAUGCACGUACACACCGGGCACACAUACACACGUCAUAUUCCUUGUUUCACAUGGCGUAAUUAACAUCACUAUGGAUACAGGCACUACAGUACAUCAGUUCACUCGUCAGGGAGAGAGACAUGAGGGAGAGUUGGAGGGAGGGGGAGAGAAGUGUGUUUCUACAGAAACUGACAUGGUUGAUAGAGUUGCUAGCGAUCAUGUGUGGUCGAGCAGAUAUUCAAAGCCUUUCCUAAUUUGACGCCACUCACUAACCCUGUGCAUAAUAACUACUUCCACUGGGUGAGAGAGGUAGAGAGAUGGAUUCAUUUCCUCAGAUUCACUUACAGAGCAUUGGAAGGACUAUGUAGGAAUAUAAACUGUAUUUAUUGGAAUAGUUUAGUUUACUGUUGUUUUUCUUUGUUUGUCCUAGUCUUCUUAUCUUCUGUCUCUGCUCCAUCGUCUCUCUCUCUCUCCCCCUCUCUCCUCUCUCUCUCGUCUCUCCUGCUCGGCUUCUCGUCCUUUCGUCUAUCCUUGCAUUCAGCUCGUCUCUCUCCUACUCUUUCUCUCGUCUCGGCUUCUCUCUCUUCCUCUCUCUCUCUUCUCUUUUUUCUUUCUCUUCUUUCUCUUCUCUCUCUCUGUCUCUCCUCUCUUCUCUCUUUUUUUCUUUCUCUCUCUCUCUCUCUCCUCUCUCCUCUCUCUCUCUCUAUCUCUCUGUAAGUCUCUCUGUGUCUCUGUGUGUGUGUUGUAUCCCAGAGAGUAAACUCACUAACCUAUACCAGUUGUAACUGCUAACAGACAGCAAUCACCUUACAGACUUGUACCGGAAAGAAGAGGUCAUCACGGUAACGGCAGCGGGGGGAGCCAUCCAGAGCCCCCGCUUCCCUAACGCUUACCCCCGGAACCUGCAGUUGUCAUGGAAACUACUGUCGCCGCACAACACCCGCAUCGCCCUGGAGUUUGACUCCCACUUUGCACUGGAGGAACCAGAGAACGAAGUCUGCAGGUGAGAGAGGGAGGAGAGGAAAGAGAGGUAGAGAAAGAUGGAAGAGCCAGGGAGAGAGAGAUGGAAGAGCCAGGGAGAGAGAAAGAUGGAAGAGCCAGGGAGAGAGAAAGAUGGAAGAGCCAGGGAGAGAGAACGAUGGAAGAGCCAGGGAGAGAGAAAGAUGGAAGAGCCAGGGAGAGAGAAAGUUGGCUGAGUUUGUAACGGAUGAAAAGGGAGAGAGAGAAGGCUGGCAUCCCUCUGAUGGGGGUAUCGACAUCUAUGGUCUAAAGAAAGGAGGACUGGAGGAGGGAGAGCGAGGGUGGGAGGGAUGGAUGAAGGUUGCAGUCUUUGCAGUAAUGAAGAAUAUGUCCUUGAGGGUGAGAAGAGAGAAGAGACUUUUAAUCCCCAAACCAAAGGCAGCUGUCUUUGUAAGCACUUUAGACGAGAGAGAAACAGAGAGCGAGAGAAAGUGAGGGAGAGAUGAGGAAAGUGAAAGAGGAAGAGUAAAAGAGGGAGAGGGAGGUGACUCUGGGGAUUGGCUCUUCAACAAUUAUCCCUUUUCUAGUGAACAAUGAUGAUUAAUUGAUAUAUUAAUUGAUUAAUUAAAUCCAUUGAUUGACAGGUUAGUGACCCCCUCCUCUUCUCUCCCCCUUCCCUCCCAGGUAUGACUUUGUGGAGGUGGAGGACAUCUCAGAGACCAGUACUAUUAUCUGGGGGAGAUGGUGUGGUCAGAGAGUCCCCCCUCGCCUCACCUCCAAAACCAACACCCUCAAAGUCACCUUCAAGUCAGACGACUACUUUGUGGCCAAGCCUGGCUUCAAACUCCACUACUCUCUACUGGUGAGUGAACAUCGGGGUGUGACAGCAUCUCGUUCCACAAAGUUGGUGCUGAAACGUAAAGACCCAAAGCUGGUGUUAUAA